AUGGAUCUACAGCCUUCCAAACUUCCAUCGUCUCCUCACGAUCCCCCACUCACAGCGAUCGUAAUAGGUGCCGGCCUGGGCGGCUGUGCAGCCGCAAUCGCCCUACACCACCACGGCCAUCGCGUUCUAUGCGUCCUCGACAAAGUACGGCAAUUUGGCCGUCUAGGCGACUCCCUCGGUCUUGGCGACAAUGCCUUCAGCCUACUAGAAAAAUGGGAUUGUAACGUCUCCGACAUCAAAAACAUUGGAAACCAGGCUCCAGACAUGAGUAUCCGACGAUGGAAGGAUGGAAAAGUGCUUGCUGUCCAACCGCUGAUGGACAUGGCUGGGUACAUUGGUCACCGAGGGGACUACCACGACGUUUUUCUAAAGUGGGUUGAUCAGAGAGGCAUUCCAGUUCGAAUGGACAGCGAAGUUGUAGCGUACGAAGACACAGAACCCCAACCCAGCAUCACGCUCAAAUCGGGUGAGAAACUCAGUGCAGAUGUCAUUGUCGCGGCAGAUGGCAUCAAAUCCCUUGCCCGUCCCCUCGUCCUCAACAUGCAAGAUGACCCCGUUUCAAGCGGAUAUGCGUGUUUUCGGGCGUUCUUUAAACCGGAUCAGAGUAUGAAAGAGGACCCUGCUUGUAAUAAGUACUUAGGACGAGAUUGUGUGAAUUUCUGGAUCGGUCCGGAUAUGCAUCUUGUGCAGAAUACGCUGAGGGGUGGAGAGGAAUUCAAUUGGAUCAUUACGCAUAAGGAUGACGGAGAUGUGCCUGAGAGUUGGUUUCAGCCAGGCGAUAUGGAGGAAGUGCGGAGGUUGGUGGGGGACUUGGAUCCAGAUAUCCGUGAAAUUGUGAAGAAGACGGAGAAAUGUCUGGACUGGAAAAUCUGCUACCGCGAACCGCUCCCUACAUGGGUUUCUCCUGGUGGCCAUCGCAUUGUGUUGUUGGGUGAUUCUUGCCAUGCACAUUUGCCAACGAGUGCACAGGGCGCAAGUCAGGCGGUUGAGAGCGCGGGCGUGCUGGCCACGUGCCUGGAUUUAAUUAAGGGCAAGGAAGAGGUUAAGAUUGCGACGAGGUGCUAUGAAAAGUUGAGGUUUGGACGGACUAGGCAGAGUCAGACGAAUGGCGAGGAUUUGAGGGAUCGGUGGCAUGGAGUGCUGAAGGGGGCGGAUGAGGAGAGGGAAAUUGACCCUGAGGAUGUCAAGAUUAAGAAUCGCUGGUUGUAUUCUUUUGAUGCGGAGGAAGAUGCGAGAACGAGGUGGAAGAGUAUUCGGGGGGUUGUUGAACAUGAAUUUUUGACUGGGAAGAUUAACCCUUUGUGUUAA